GUUACAUAUCUGCCAACAUUUGAAAAGACAUCCAUGCGACGUGGGAAAUUCGAACAAAAUAAAUAAUAAUCUUAAUUUGUAAUGCAUUUGAAGCAAAGAUUUUUCCAUUGCUGUUGAAGUGUUUUGCAAGUUGAUGUGUUUUACAACAACUAUCUGGAUACACUCAACAAGUUAUGGAAGCUUGUGGAAUUUUAAUUGACCUGAGUGAACCCAUAGAAAACAGCCCACCCAAACCACCCCAGAGUAAGAGCCCCUCCCUACCAGAAACUAAACUAGAAACGACUGAGAGAAAGUCAGAAGACAGUCACAACUCAUUAGUUGACUCUAUAGAGAUAGAGAGAAGUGCUGACAGGAGAGGGAGCUAUACCAUUGACAGAGGGAAUCUACUGCUGGAUCUGGAUGACAUCACAUCAGAGAUCAGAGACUGUAGUACUGCUCAAGCCAAACAUGUAACCCCAGAAUUUCAGCUGCUAGAGAAUGAAAAGUUUGACUUUGACCUUCCUUUCUCUCCAGGUGUAAGGAGCAUAGCCUCACCAGGACCUGUUGAAGACGAUGAUGAAGAAGUAUUCCUGGGGCCCGUGGGAUUCACAGAGAAAUGUGUGGCCACUGUCGUAUCAGAAAUAGCACCCCUUGAGGAGCCCCUGAAACCCUUCAGUCCCCUCAAACCCCACCAGAUAGCGGAAAUAUACAAGGAAGCACAGCUGGUGGUUUACAGAAUUAACAAGGAAAAGCCGGAUGAGGAGGAAAGAAAAGGUAAAUCUAAGUCAGGAGUCCAAAAUGGAGGGAUGCAUACCCCAGUCAGGCAUCAGAGGAAAGGCACUUUCACCGAGAGCCCCGAGGCAAUAUUUCGACUUCCGGAGAGUGUUGUUAAAGCCAUGCCUGUGAUUGACGUGGAAAUUGAGGAUCCUUUCCAGAAGAAAAUUGAAGAGGACAAGGAGAAUUUGAAAGUGGAGAAUGCUCUUUAUAGAAACAAGAAAUUGUCCGAGUCAAAGCUGUCUUGCUCAAAGAAUGGAAAGAAGAGUGGAAGUUCCAGAUAUUAUGAUGGACCUGCCAGUGAUACAGAUGACACGUGUAGUGUCACGUCAGACACCAGUGAGACCUCAGUGUCCAAGCUUCCUGUCAACAAAUGUAGUAUACCAAAAACUAAGACUUCCACAAAACAAUCCAAUCUGAAGAGACCUUCGAUGCUCAAACCCCCUGGUGCUGCCAGUAAAUCAAACGAAAACUUGUCAACAAGCAUUAACUCUGCCACAAAAACAGCCAGUGCUUCAAUGGAAAAAUCAGAAAUUGUCCCUCCAUCUAAAUCCCGCAGGAGCUUGAAUCCCAGCAGCAGAAAGUCUUUAGGAUUAAACACUUCAGGGAUUCCAAGCAGUGCAGCAUCAUCAAGCGUUUCAAACACUAAAGAGAACAGAAAGGAUGUGGAUGGGACAAUCAAAAAGGGGCCGACAACCAGGUUAUCGUUGAUGAAACCCGGAGGCAUCCAGAAACCAGCAUUGAAAUCACAGGUUACAGAGACUAAGAAUAAAACGGGUCCACUUAAGGCUCUUCCUAACACUUCAAAUAUUCCAGACAAAGUAGAAGAAAAAGUCAAGCCAGCCUUGUCCAGACAGAUGCUGUUAGACCCAGCAGUGUGUACACCAGUGAAGCCGGAGAAGAGAGUCCAGCCUAAACUUCUGUCUAACAACUUCACUACACCAGUCAGAUCAAAUUCCGUUAGUUCUUGUACCCCUGCCUCCAUUCGCCGGAAAUCUUUUCUGCCGACGCCUCAGAAAGUUCGUAGUGAGUCAACCAGUGCUAUACCUCAACCAAGUCCUUUGAUCAAGUCCAGCAGUACCUCCUCCCAGAGAAUGAGUUUAUCUGAGUCCCCCCUGGUCAGCCGUAGUCUGAAAUUCCAAAAAGUCGGCACUCCAUUGCGGGGAAAACCAGCCCUCUAAAGACAAUUCCUAAGAAAACAGCUGUCAAGGGCAUUUAUCAAGGUCGGAGGAGUUUUGCCCAAUACAAGACCACAUAGUAAAAGCUAGACCUUGGAGAGUUACUGGUUAUCAUCAAGUGUAAUUAAAUGUAUGAUCAGAUAAACAUGGAUGUUUUGUUUGUUUAUAGAAAUAAUUAAUAUAUUGUUGACAAUUCCACAUUUUUACAAGAUAAAUUUACUGGAAAAUUUUUAAUUUGUGUAAAAAAAAUUACAUUAUUUUUUAUAUAUCAGGGCAUUUACUGUUACAUAAAUUUUGUUCUUUUUGUACAAAGUAAUUUUAUUUUAUGUUGCAUGGUUGAGAAAGUGAAAAGAAAUGCAGCAGAGCUCUGUAAUCACAAAGAAUCCUAAUGCCUGUAUACUCUCCAUGAUGCUGAAUUUAUUUUACAAAUUUAAAGAAAUAUUCAUCAAUACAUGUUGUAACAUGAAAAGUUGUCCCCCUUUAAAAAAAAUACAUAUUGAAUGAUCUGUACUCAUUAUUAAUGUAGAUCUGUAUAAAA